AUGUGUGCAUCUUGGUUGGGACAGAAGAUGAAGCCCCAAAUAGACCAUCGUUCGGGAAUAAGGAGAUGCUUGUGGUUCAGAGGGGCAGCCUCGUUGAAGAAGCCUUUUGUAAUCUCAAGCUAUCAUCGUAGCUGGGCAAGUCCAACAGCAAACCCAGAUAUCCAAGAAAAGGCCAAGUUGGCAAAGAAAGAAGAGGGCCGAAGCACGGCCAAAGAAACGGCACCCCCUGAAAUGCAUAAGUUAAUACUUUUUCUUGAAGUAUGUUCAGUUUAUGCCUUAGGCAAAAAGCUACCAAACCCAGAUAAGGACUGCGGGAAAAUCAUCGGUUGUUAUGCGGGAGACGCGUGGGAAAAUGUCGAUUCGUAUGCGCUUUGUUCUCACGUUUUUUACACUUCCGUUCAGCUUGAAGAAGAUGCGUCUGUUACAGUUUGGGAUCCAUAUAAAGAUACAGAGGGAAGAGGAUUUAUACAGUGCAACGGUCUUCGAAAAAAGAUUUCACAUUUGAAAACCUUACUUCAUAUGCACGAUUCAUACGACAUAUAUAAGAACACUAGUCACACUAAAGUUUUGACCGACCCGAAACUGCGAACAAAGCUUGUGAAUAAUAUAAUAAAAUUUGUGAAACAAUACGGAUUCAAUGGCAUAGAUCUCGAUUUGUCAAGUCCUCCCCAAGGUCAUGCUUCUGAAAAGGAAAAUUUAGUUUCGCUGUUGAAGGCACUCAAAGAAAAAUUCGAUAAAGAAAAAUUGAUUUUAACUGUAUUAGUUGAUCCUAUCGAAGAAACAGCUAAAAUAUUAUAUGAUAUUAAAGAAAUAUCCGCACUCGUGAGCUUUAUUAAUUUAAAGACUUACGAUUUUCACGGAUCCGCUGAUGACAAAAAGGUUGGUCAUUCUGCUCCACUCUAUCAUUCAUCAAAGGAAAAUGCGGAGGAACGCAAGAUAAACAUUGAUUCUAUUGUGAAAUACUGGAUUUCCGCAGGUGCUCCACCAAACAAGUUAUUACUAGGAACCGCCUUCCACGCAAUGAUUUCUACUUUGGUUAACCCAAAACAAAUUGAGCAAGGUCAGGAAUCUUAUGGGUUUAUUUGUAAAGAAGGAAAAGAUCCUAAAUGGAAGCAUCGCUACGACAAAGAACAGAAAGUGCCAUAUCUAUACAGUAAAAAUCAAAUUGUGACCUAUGAAGAUAAGCAGUCCAUUAAGGAGAAGGCUGAAUAUGCUCACAACAUGAAUCUUGGUGGUGUCAUGGUACAUAAUUUGGGGGAUGAUGAUUUCGAUGGAAAUUGCGGAGAAAAGAUGCCACUUCUAAAGAUUUUACACCAAAUCUUUAGAAACAAGUGUUAA